UCUCAUAACAGGACCCGGCCAUGGAGGAGACAGUAGGAGACCCGCCCACAUCAGCUGUCUUGCUGGACCACUGUCACUUCUCUCAGGUCGUCUUUAACAGCGUGGAGAAGUUCUAUGUGCCUGGAGGGGACGUCACAUGCUACUACACCCUCACCGAGCACUGCACUCCCCGUCGGAAGGAUUGGAUUGGAAUCUUUAGGGUGGGAUGGAAGACAACCCGUGAGUAUUACACCUUCAUGUGGGUUACUUUGCCCGCUGACCCAAACAACGUAUCAACCAAACAGCAGGAAGUCCAAUUCAAAGCUUACUACCUGCCCAAGGAUGAUGAGUAUUACCAGUUCUGCUAUGUGGAUCAGGAUGGUUUGGUCCGGGGAGCAAGUAUCCCUUUCCAGUUCCGCCCAGAAAACGAGGAGGACAUCCUGGUGGUUACCACUCAGGGUGAGGUGGAAGAGAUUGAGCAAAACAACAAGGAGCUUCGCAAAGAAAACCAGGAGCUGAAGGACAGCUGUGUCAGUCUCCAGAAGCAGAACUCAGACAUGCAGGCUGAGCUCCAAAAAAAGCAGGAGGAGCUAGAAACCUUAAAGACCAUCAACAAGAAGCUGGGACAGAAGGUGGAAGAGCAGAAGGACAUUUGGGAGACAGAGCUGCUACAACUGAAAGAACAAAACCAGAAGCUGUCCUCAGAGAAUGAGAAGAUGGGAGUCAGAGUGGAUCAGCUUCAGGCACAGCUGUCAACUCAAGAGAAAGAAAUGGAGAAGCUUGUUCAGGAAGCUCAAGAUAAGACAGAGCAGUUGGAAUGUCUGAAAAAGGAAAACUUUCUCAAUUUAAAGGAACAGAGGAAGCACCAGCAGAAGCUAGAGAAGACAGUGGAGGAGCUGAAGCAACAAGAAGCUAUUGCAACGAAGAAAGAGCAGGAGUUAACGGCACAGCUGUCAACUCAAGAGGAAGAAAUGGAGAAGCUUGUUCAGGAAGCUCUAGAUAAGACAGAGCAGUUGGAAUGUCUGAAAAAGGAAAAUGGCCAGCUCUUUCUCAAUUUAAAGGAACAGCGGAAGCACCAGCAGAAGCUAGAGAAGACAGUGGAGGAGCUGAAGAAACAAGAAGCUAUUGCAACGAAGAAACAGCAGGAGUUAACGGACGAGAACUUUGACCUGUCAAAAAGGCUGAGUGAGAACAAGAUGAUAUGUACUGUUCUGCAGAGAGAGAAAGAGAGAUUGGAAGGAGAAAAUGAUCUUUUGAAGAGGGAUAACCUCAGAUUGAUGAGUUACAUGGGUCUGGAGUGUGACUCUCUGCCAUUUCAAGCGCCUACUUCAGAUCAAGGAGGUGCCGGACAACACCCAGGACUUGUCUUUGGAAACCCAUAUUUUGGCAUCCAAGAAAGUUCUGCCCCCAGCCUGCGCACCAUCAAGAAAUGUCCCACCUGCAACUCGAACCUUGCCGAUGACGUUUUUGAUCACAUCUCGCAGCAGCAGCCCAUGGAGACCCUGUCUUUGGAUUGUCCGAUUUGUGACAAGAGCUUCUCAGCACACGAAAAGCAAAUCUUUGAAGACCAUGUGUUCUGCCACACUCUCUAAGUGACCCAGCCUCCUGGAUCUAUACUGUACAUAGAUUUUAUAGAGUAGAACCUAUCGCUUCUACUAUGAGUUAUGACACAAGAUCCUGCCUAACCUGAAAUUAUUAAGGAUUUACUCAGUCCUGCUGCCCUAAAGGUAGAAUCAUGUCGAUAAUCUACAGGAUAGUGUUAAGGGCUGUUACUUCCAUCUGUGUGGGUUAUGACCUUUUAAAUCACAGAACGCUAGCUAUGUCAGCCUCUCACCUAUGAUGCCCAUUUUUCCAAGGAUCUCCAGUACAAGGGCCCUGGAAUAGAAGCAACCUGGCUAUUCAGAACAGGUUUGACUCAAAUACAAAGUGGUUCGUUUUCCAAGUUGUCCCACAGCCAUUCAAGGUCAAGCCUUGAGUAUAUUUGUACUCAGUCUUCAGUCCUAUCCUUGGGGCUGGAGAUGGAUGAGAAGUUGAGCAUUUCUUCCUGCUCUUCUUCAGGCCUCUUUCUCCAACCAAUUGCAUUAGGCUGGCCAAAAAUGGCCUGGCAGAGAACUCAGGCAUCCCGCUGGGAUACCAAAGGUUUCUCAUCUUGAUUUCUCAGCUCCUAAUAGAAGCGCCUUAUUCCGGAACCGUGGACAUGAAAUACUAUUUCAGUCACAGAAAACCUUCUUUCUCUCUGGAUACCUCUGAUUGGCAUUUUCUACUCUUUGAUCUUUCCUACGCACAUAACAUUUAUUGUUGUGAGUCCUUAACAGUUAGUGGGAGUUGUUAGAAACUGUAUGGGUUUGCAACUUUCUAAGCCGGUGACUUUCAUUAUGGAUAAGUCAGAAUAAUGAGAACUAAUGUUAACCUCUUUAAUACUAAAAAUAAACUAGUCCUCUUUUUCAGGAACUUUGGCAAUUUAAA